AACAACCACUAAUCAACCGUCCGUUUUAUAAACGGGCUAGUUUGAGAACAAAAAAAUGAAAGGAUAAUUCGAAUUUCCAGGAACGAGUUCAGGCGGUUCACUUCACAAGUUCAGUGUACACACCCUUGACGAAAGCAAAUGGCAAGUAUGACGGCGUCUAUCUGUCCAUCAACAACUAUCCAUCCUCUGCGCAAUUCAAUUUUCAAUGUUGCUUCCUGCAAUACUGCUCCAGGAAGACGGUGUCUAACAUUUUGUUCUUUACAACAAGAAUCGAGCAAAAGAUUGUCAAGUGUUCACCAACUAAAAGGAAGAGAUCAAAUUAAUAUUUUGAAGCCAAUCUCUGCUGUUGGUUCAGGCAUGGAGGCAUCAAUGACGGAUUCAAAAGGGACUAUACUAACAUUUAAAGGGGUUGAAGUAACUGUUGAAUCAGAAGAUGCAGAGAAGAUUAAAUUGAGAGUGGACUUGACUGGAGAAGAUACACAGAAGGCUUUUGAUGUGGUCUUGUUACAUUUAGGUCGCUCAGCCCCGCCAAUUCCUGGAUUUCGCCGCGAAAAAGGAGGAAAAACAGCGAAGGUUCCCAAGAGCUUGCUUCUGGAUAUAAUUGGCAAAAACCGUGUUACAAAUUUUGUUAUUCAGGAAAUAGUCACUUCAGCGGUGGCAGGUUAUGUGGAAGAGGAGAAAAUUACUGUGAAAGAUGAUAAGAUCAAGACAACUCAGACCGAAGAUGAACUUAAACAAUCUUUCUUGCCUGGAAAUGCAUUUGGUUUCAAUGUUGAAAUAGAGCUUGUAAAUGAACAACCUGACACUGACACUGACACUGAGACUGAGACUGAGACACCCAGCGAAGCUGAAACGUAGCAGCUCUUUUACUCAGAAACAGUCAUAUUCUAGCAACUCUUUUCUACCGGGAAAGUCGGGCUUCAACAUCUAAGCAUGUCACAUUUUACGUAGAGUGGUGCCAAAAGGUUAUACUUUGGUCCAAAUUCAUGGCCACAAAGUUCUAUGAUGCAACUGAUGUUUUGUUCGGUAUUUCAAGAAAGACAGAUAGAUUUGUAUGAUUAAGCAGCCAGAACAAUAUGAGAACUAUCAUCGCAUUCUCCAACCAUUUAAACAGGGAAGAAUAAUGGAGUACAAAGCAGUUCUCUGAGAACUUGAUAAAAUCAGUAAACAUGUAUAUUGUACACUGAUAGAGUGUGCAGAUUGAUUAGAUGUAUCUGCAACUUCUAAACUUAGCAACAGCUUCAAACAAACCGCCUUUGGUCCAUUAGGUAUUCUGAAUUUUGCAACAGCUUGAAAGUCA